UACGUUUGUAUUGUUGGCUGAGAAAAUUAUUCUAUCUUAGUUUGAGUGAAUAGUGACAAUUCUGACACUGGAGGAGGCAGUGAACGCACCACAAGGCUUGUCAGACUGGCUAGGGGAGUCUGGGUGACGAGGACACCUGUCCUUCCUGUCUCCAGCCAAACCCGGUUCAGUAGGAGCACGGCAGAGCAACGCAAAGAGCCAUCAGAAGAAGGCACACAGUCCUGGUCCAGAUGUCUUCAAGAGGGUUUGGAAGGUUCGACAGAGCCAGGGACUUUACAAUUUAUGACGAGGUUACUGCAGACCCCCCAUAUCUGGAUACCCAGCUACCCCCGCCACCACCACCAACCUUAAAUGGAAUGGCGAAGGUGCCAGCAUUCAGCUUGGACCCCCUUCCCCCGCCUCCUCUUCCUGAACAGCCAGCAGUUGGGCCAGAGAGCUUCUACUCCCCCAGUGACAGUGAGCCCCCCGAAGGCGACCGCGACGCCAUGGACAUCAAGCCGGUCCGCCGCUUCAUCCCUGACUCUGUGAAAAACUUCUUCGGUGGCAGCAGCAGAAGCCAGGGCUCCAAAACCAAGUCUGUCACCCCUGCGCCCUCCAACCAUUCCUCUGCACCUUCAUCUAAAACAAACAUCAAGUCCCACACCACAGGGGGCGUGCCCUGCUCACCACCUAAUUCCGCCCCCCCAUCCCCUUCCCUCCCAGGCUCCAGCCGUCCUUUCGGCAGCUACCAGAAGGAGCAUGAAGCACUGCUGCUGGGUGCAGAAGCUCGGGACAUCAUGUCCACUGCCCCCAGCAACACCUCCACCCAGACCUACCAGGAGCGAGUGGAGGAGUACCACCUGCGCUAUGCCUACAUGAAAUCGUGGGCCGGCCUGCUCAGGAUCCUUGGCUGCGUUCAGUUGCUGCUGGGCGCUGCCGUGUUCGCCUGCGUCUGCGCCUACGUUCACAAGGACAACGAGUGGUUCAACAUGUUUGGCUACUCGCAGCCACAGCUUUACGGAGGGCUCGGCGGCGGUGUCGGUGGAUACGGGGCCAGUUACUACACCGGUCCCAAGACACCUUUUGUCCUGGUGGUGGUUGGCCUUGCCUGGAUAGUGACAAUUAUCCUGGUCGUCAUGGGAAUGACCCUGUACUACAGAGCCAUCCUGCUGGACUCGUCCUGGUGGCCCCUCACCGAGUGUUCCAUCAAUCUGGUUCUGGCGAUUCUCUACAUGUCUGCAGCAAUAGUGUAUGUUAUGGACACCACCCGUGGAGGUCUAUGCUACACACCUGUUUUCAACAAUGGCAUGAACGGUGCCUUCUGCCGCACGGAGGCCGGGCAGACUGCAGCCAUCAUCUUCCUCUUCAUCACCAUGGUGCUGUAUUUCAUCAGCGCAGGAGUUUGCCUGAAGCUAUGGAGGCACGAAGCUGCCAGGAUGAGGAGGGAGGCGUUUGCACAGGAGAUGAAGACUGUCGGCUCUUCGAUUCCACUGCCCAUACUGGAUUCGGUCUCUCGGGCCUCCGACCAGACGCCUCUGCCAACUGUCCAGCCCGACAUCAUGGAUGCACAACAUUUCCCUGUGGGGUCUUCCUUAAUGACAGCAGACCCAGAGAUCCUUCAGGGUCACAUCCCAGCUGGUCACAUCCCCAAACCCGUGGUCAUAGCUGACUAUAUAGUGAAAUAUCCCAGUAUCCACUCGGCUGAGGAUCGGGACCGGUACAAGGCUGUGUUUACUGACCAGUACGCAGAGUAUCGGGAUAUCCACAAAGAGGUUGAAGUAAUGGCCAAGAAGUUUGAAGAGAUGGACAGAAUGAUGCAAGAUCUCGCCUCCAGGCCAUCCAGCCAGAUGGAGCAGGAGCGCAUCAACAAAAUCUUAAAGGAGUACCAAAUGAAGAAAGCAGAUCCAACAUACCUGGAGAAGAGGGACAGGUGUGAGUACCUGAAAAAUAAGCUCUCCCACAUUAAACAGAAGAUCCAGGAGUACGACCAGGCCGCUGGUUAAAUUCCCAUCCCUGCCUUGCAGCCUGUUGAGGUGCACCCCAUAGAGGAUCUUUGUCAUGCAUGAACUUGUUGCUGUUGGCUCGAGCUGCAUCUCCUCAAGCCUGUGAGAUCACAGAACGCUGGUCUGAAACCCCCCCAUGAGGUUCUUUGGAUGCUUCCAUUAAGAGGACCAUGAGUUUUCAGAUCCCAGAUCCCUGCAGGAUCGCCUCUACGGGGAUCUGCUGUCAUGUGGAGGUUGUUCUUCUUCCAUUUUGUGUAUCUGUUUUUAUUGUUUCUGAUAUUUCAUACUGCUAUGAGCCAAUAAAAUCUUCGUAUUUUA